AUGGCGCCAGGAGUUCUUGCAGGAUCCGCCGUCAGCGACACGACACUGCCUGAUUUCGUCCCGGAGACGCAACAGACAGCGGCCAACAGAAAUGCCGAACAGCUAUUCUCCUUAGCAGGCACAACCACGGUCGUGACUGGUGGUGGACGAGGUCUCGGCAUCACCUUGGCCAGAGCCAUCGUGGAGGCAGGUGGUCACGCCGCUUGUCUCGACGUCCUCCCGGAACCGUCGACAGAGGAAUGGGCCAGUUUGGAGAAAGUUGCGAAGCGAUCUGGGCUUACCGCCUCUUAUUAUCGAUGUGAUAUCACUCAAGAGGAGGAGCUCUCCCGAGUGUUCAAAGAAGUGGAUGACAAAGCAAAGCAGCACAAUGCCCCAUUGAAGGGGACAGUGGCCUGCGCGGGCAUUCAACAGAAGGUCCCGGCCUUGGACUAUCCUGCCGGAGAUUUUGAGCGGAUGUUGCGGGUGAAUGUGACCGGCGCCUUCUUGACAGCCAAGCAGGCAGCCCGAGUCAUGGUCGACAACGGCACCGGUGGAAGCAUCGUUCUGAUCGCGUCCAUGUCCGGCAACAUUGCUAACAGGGGCCUCACCUGUACUGCGUACAAUUCCAGCAAAGCAGCAGUACAGCAGAUGUGUCGUUCAGUUGCGCAGGAAUGGGGACAAUAUGGGAUCCGAGUCAACACCCUGUCACCUGGUUACAUCCGUACUGCCAUGACAGACGCCCUCCUACAGGCCGAGCCCGAGGUCGAGAAGACCUGGAUGGCUGGUGCGCUUCUGGGACGUCUGGGGGCUCCAGAAGAUUUCAAAGCCCCCAUCGUGUUUCUGUUGGGCCCCGGGAGCAGUUUUAUGACCGGAGCAGACCUCAGAGUGGACGGAGGGCAUUGCGCUUCCGCAUAA